AUGAGUCUUACCUCGAAUACGCGACUGCCGACCUAUUUUAUUGGUCAUGGCGGCGUAAGUAUUAUGUUCAAGCCUGAGCAUGAAGCCGUCCGACAAGGCUUGCGUGAACUAGGAAAGGAGAUCAAAGCUCUGAAACCGGAAGCAAUUGUUCUCACCUGUGGCGAGUUUGAAGGUGAAAGUGACGCCAUCCAAGUCAACUUCAAAGAGCCAACUAAGGUGUGGCAUGAUCUUGGCCCUUCGUGGAAAAAGACCUUUCCACAUGUCUUUGAGUAUGAAUAUGCUCAUAAAUCCUCCCGCGCGCUGGCUGAGAAGGUGUUUCAACAUCUGCAGAGUCAGGGCGUGAAGGUUGAGAGUACUGAGCGGGAUUUAGACCAUGGAGUAUGGGUUCCCUUCAAGCUCAUGUUCCCCGAAGGAGACGAGUUGGAUGUUCCGAUUUUACAAAUCUCAACAUAUGCAGGCGACGAUCUCAACGCUCAUGUUGAACUUGGAAAGGCUCUUUCAACUCUGUAUGAACUAAUUGUCCUUCACACGGAAGAAGUGCUAACAGCCAUCAGUGGUGGUCGGAUUCUCCUUAUAGGCUCUGGUAUGCUAUGUCAUAACCUCCCUGCUACUCGAGCGGGAACCAGCGAUACGAGCAUUGCUCUCCGCAUGGAAGCAGCAGCCAAGGACGCGCUCGACGCACCUACCCCACAAGAAAGAACCGCUAGGUUUCUGGACCUGCAAACUCGUGGCGACUGGGUUGAUGCCCAUCCGACGGUGGAACAUGUGUUACCCUUAUACAUGACACUCGGGGUUGGGCAUGAUCUUGAGGGAUAUGAAGUGUGGAACCAAGAUCGCACGAGCUCUGUCUCCUCCACACCGACCGAGACCUCCCCGCACGCCCCUAGACUCACAGCUCUGAAGACUGCGAAGCCAUUCUCCCACUUCCUCACCGAUACCUUCAACCGUCAACAUGAUUAUCUGCGAAUCAGUGUCACCGAACGAUGCAACCUUCGAUGCCUAUAUUGUAUGCCUGAAGAGGGUGUGGAGCUGUCACCCCCAGCCCGACUAUUGACGUCGCCGGAAAUCGUCUAUCUAUCAUCCUUAUUCGUCUCCCAGGGCGUCACAAAGAUUCGCCUGACGGGCGGCGAGCCAACGGUGCGGAAAGACAUUGUUCCUCUGAUGCAGAGGAUCGGCCAGCUGCGUGAGAACGGGCUCCGAGAACUUUGUCUGACCACCAACGGCAUUUCUCUAUAUCGCAAGCUAGACCCGAUGGUCGAAGCUGGUCUCACAGGCGUGAACCUGAGUCUCGACACGCUUGAUCCCUUUCAGUUCCAGAUCAUGACACGACGCAAGGGCUUUGAGGCUGUGAUGAAAAGUAUUGAUCGGAUUCUGGAAAUGAAUAAAACUGGUGCUGGAAUUAAGCUGAAGAUCAACUGCGUUGUGAUGCGCGGUCUGAACGAUCGCGAGAUUCUCCCUUUUGUCGAACUCGGUCGGGAGAAGCCUAUUGAAGUACGGUUCAUCGAGUAUAUGCCGUUCGAUGGAAAUAAGUGGAAUAAGGGCAAGAUGCUCCCAUAUGAAGAGAUGUUGGCGGUGAUUCGAGAAAAGUAUCCGUCAUUGGAAAAAGUUGUCGAUCAUAAAAAUGAUACCAGUAAGACCUAUAUGGUCCCUGGGUUUGAGGGCCGUGUCGGGUUUAUCACCAGCAUGACGCACAACUUCUGUGGAACCUGCAAUAGGUUGCGCAUCACUGGCGAUGGUAAUCUGAAAGUCUGCCUUUUCGGGAAUGCCGAAGUCUCUCUGCGGGAUAUCAUUCGCAGGGAGAAUGACGGACAGCCUAUUGACGAGGAGGCGCUGAAAGAUCUCCGUCUGCUCGAAACAGUGCAGGAUGCAGCUCGCCUUAGUGACGAAGGGGGCUUAAUCCCCGAGCGGGAACGCGAAAUCUUGGAUAUCAUUGGCUUGGCUGUGAAACGCAAGAAGGCAAAACACGCCGGCAUGGGCCAGCUCGAGAAUAUGAAGAACCGGCCCAUGAUUCUGAUCGAACCCCCCCAGAAGACAAAUACCUCCAUCCGAUCCCUCCCUACCGCUUCAGACUCCGAACUGCCACAUCUCACCCCCUCUCAAACCGUCCAUAUGACACAAAUCACCGAAAAGCCAGAAACAAAACGACUAGCCACCGCAGCCUGCACGGUCGCCUUCUCCAAUCAAAAGCCAUGGGAAAUCCUUCGACGCGGCGAAGGUACCCAUAAAGGCGACGUGUACAGCGUCGCCCGCAUUGCAGGCAUCAUGGCCGCUAAAAAAACCCCAGAUAUCGUCCCUCUAUGCCACCCUGGGAUUGGCAUCACGGGAGUGGAGGUUAGCGUGGAGCUGGUUCAGCCCGCCAAUUCCGAUGAUCAUGGUGCCAUACAAAUAGUAGCUACCGUCAGCUGUUUUGGUCGCACUGGUGUUGAGAUGGAGGCUAUGACGGCUACCAUGGGUGCUGCGUUGACUGUCUAUGAUAUGCUGAAGGCUGUGGAUAAAGGCAUGAUUAUCGGGGCUGUGCGGUUGAUUGAAAAGCAAGGUGGAAAAAGUGGGCAUUGGGUACGAGAAGAAUGA